AUGGAGCCCUUUGGGAAGACUAAGGGACGGACAGCUGUGGAUCUUGCUCACAAAUACCACAACCUGAUCAAACACAUCAAGUGUGAAGAUGGUUCUGGUAAAACAACUCUUAUGACUAAACUACAAGGAGCAGAACAUGGAAAAAAAGGAAGAGGCCUAGAGUAUCUAUACCUCAGUGUCCAUGAUGAGGACCGAGAUGAUCAUACACGCUGCAAUGUGUGGAUUUUGGAUGGCGAUCUAUACCACAAAGGCCUGCUGAAGUUUGCAGUUUCUGCUGAAUCUUUGCCGGAGACGCUGGUUAUUUUUGUUGCAGACAUGUCUAGGCCUUGGACUGUGAUGGAAUCUUUACAGAAGUGGGCUAGUGUUUUACGUGAGCACAUUGAUAAAAUGAAAAUUCCACCAGAAGAAAUGAGGGAGCUGGAAAGGAAGUUUAUGAAAGACUUUCAAGACUAUAUUGAGCCUGAAGAAGGUUGUCAGGGUUCCCCACAGAGAAGAGGGCCUCUGAACUCAGGCUCGGAAGAAGAAAAUGUUGCCUUGCCUCUGGGUGACAAUGUGCUGACUCAUAACCUGGGGAUCCCAGUGUUGGUGGUGUGCACAAAGUGUGAUGCAGUGAGUAUCCUGGAGAAGGAGCAUGAUUAUCGGGAUGAGCACUUGGACUUCAUCCAGUCGCACCUACGGAGGUUCUGCCUCCAGUAUGGAGCUGCCUUGAUUUACACCUCAGUGAAGGAAGAGAAAAACCUCGACUUGUUGUAUAAGUACAUUGUUCAUAAAACAUAUGGUUUCCACUUUACCACACCUGCCUUAGUUGUGGAGAAGGAUGCCGUUUUUAUACCUGCAGGCUGGGACAAUGAAAAGAAAAUAGCUAUUUUGCAUGAAAACUUCACAACUGUGAAGCCAGAAGAUACAUAUGAAGACUUUAUUGUGAAACCUCCAGUGAGAAAGCUGGUCCAUGACAAAGAGUUGGCAGCAGAAGAUGAGCAGGUGUUCCUAAUGAAGCAACAGUCACUCCUUGCCAAGCAGCCUGCCACACCCACGAGAGCCUCCGAAUCCCCUGCAAGAGGACCCUCUGGCUCUCCGAGAACCCAGGGCCGGGGUGGGCCAGCCAGUGUCCCCAGUGCCUCCCCAGGCACGUCAGUAAAGAAGCCGGACCCAAACAUCAAAAAUAAUGCAGCAAGUGAAGGAGUGUUGGCCAGCUUCUUCAAUAGUCUGUUGAGUAAGAAAACAGGCUCUCCUGGAAGCCCUGGUGCUGGUGGGGUGCAGAGCACAGCCAAGAAGUCAGGACAAAAGACUGUGUUGUCAAAUGUUCAGGAAGAACUGGAUAGAAUGACUCGAAAACCAGACUCCAUGGUAACAAACUCUUCAACAGAAAAUGAAGCUUGAUCCUCCUUUAAAAAAAAAAAAUGUCAAAUGACCAAAUAACUAUGUAUAUUGAUCUGCUAAGACCAGAAUUUUUCUGAUAUGGCACAUGCUAUCAGUUUUUUGGGGUAGGGGAGAUGAAUUUUAAAAAACAAAAACAAAAACUUCAUUGGCUUGUCCAACUGUGAAAUGCACAUUUAGGAAGGGCACAUGUCAGACCCUUUGUUAAGGAUGACCCUUGGACUCUUGGGCAUGUGGCUCUCAUGAGAAGCAAGCUCAGCUGGGCUUCCUAAGCAGAGCAGAGAAAGGGGGCCCAAUUUCUCUGAGGGUGGAGCAAACAAGCCAGGAAAAUCAUUGAUGGGAUAGUGGUUUGACCAGGUUGCCGGUUAGUAAAUUCCCUUGUUCUUGGGAAGCAGAUUAUGUAGCAGAAAGUCCAGGCAAGAGAAGAUUUUUGAGGAAGAGUGAGAGAGGUGAUGGUGGGGAAGCUGAACGUUGAGGCAGGUGAGGAAAGAGGAGAUGGGCGGGAUGAUAAGAAGUACUGUCUUCGAUAGAAGUUGAAUAAUCAUUGUGUAAGACAAAAUUAGAAGCAUUUCCAAACUAAGCACUAAGCAAAAUGGGAUUUAGACUUGUUCUAAUGCAAGCUUAACUUUUGGAAAGUAUAUUAAGUAUGGGAUGCCUGAGUCAAGUGGAGCCAACCUGAGUGGGGAAGAUGGCUGCUGAGACACCCCUACUUGGCCCAGGCCACGUCCUUGGGGAGAGGCUGGCCCACAGGUGUGCAGUCUGGGGCAGGCAGUUGCUGUGGGCUAUGUUCAACGUCAACAGAUACAAAAUUAGUUUGCUUUGUGUUGUCUAACUAGCUCCUGCUUUGUUUUUUUUAAGUUAAAUUUUUUAUUACUAUUAUUAUUAUUAUGACCAUAGGCUGGCCUACUGAUAGAAAAUGGGUAAUGAACCUCUCAUUCUACCAUGGUGCAAUGUGCUACAGAAAGUUGGCGUCAUUACAUUCUGGUUAAUUGGCUUGUACCAAUCCCUGCCUUACAGUCUGUGGAAACCCUCAAGGAGUUCCACUGAUGCAAAAGGGUUGUGUCCUAGCUCCCUGGUCUGAUCAGUGCUGUCAGGUAGACAAGUGUGAUGGUUUAUAUUGAAAAUGAAAGUGAUAGAUUUCUUCUAUGUUUUCCUAAGAUACAGCUUUUUUUUCCUUAGGGAAAUGAGUUUCAGGCAUCUCCCAUUUAGGGCAUAUUCAUGUCAUGUCACACCACCACUCUGGGAAUGACUUCUGUGGAUUCGAAAUGGCACUUUUAAUUUUAUAUACAUGACACAGAGCAUGUAAAUGCAAACACUACCCUGAAUUUAAUGUAUAAAACAUAUGUUGUCAAACCAAGGGGAAAAAAAACCACAGUUCAGUUAUGUGGAGUUUACUUUUUAUAUGACUGUUUGUUGUACCAUGUCCCAGCAUAACCUCCCUAAUGUCCUUCCUUUUGCAUACCAGAUCCCAAUAACCACUAAUUUAGUACUGGGCAUAACUUACAUGUUAUAUAACAAGACUCCUAAACAGUCUUGCUUGCAUUGCUUCUAUAAAGGUCUGAACACUGUUAAUGAGAAAGCUGAGUAUUUAUUUACCUUUCUAGCAAAAAAAAAAAAUGUUUCUUGUGCCAGAUUUAUUGUUGAAAUACUUUAUUUUUUUUUUCCUUUUUCAGUUAUAUUUUUCUCAAAACGUGUUGAACUUUCAAUUACUGGGUUAACUUUCAGUUACUGGGUUACUUAGGUGAUGGUGACAGUAAACUGUGGAAUGAAGUUGUGGUGAUGUGGCCAGUGGAUGCCAGAUGGUUUGUGUCCACACAGUAGGUGGGAUCACUUAAUCCUUUCAUUGAACCUGGAGCAAAAUGAAUGACCUCACAAAGAAGGGAUUCUUGGAAAGUCACAUACCUAAGGCAAUAGAGUAUGGUUUAAACUUUUAAUGCAAAAUUUUGUUUUUUAUCCUUUGUACUGAUAAGCACUUUUUGUGUCAAUAUAAAAUGUACUAGAACUGAUGAAGUGCUAAGACACAGUCUUACAAAGGGAGGUUUCUUGGAGAUGACUUUUAUUCUCAUGACAGGUAGAUGCUUCUGGUGUCAGAAGAAACUGACACAAAAUGUCAUGUGCUCAGUGGUUGCCAAAGUCAACCAGCCUUUGGGAACUUCCAGGUUCUUUUUUUUGGGGGGGGGGGAGGGAGGGAGAAGGGGAAUUAAUUUUUGUUAUUUUAGAGACUUUCAAGCAUUGGAACCAAAGGCCAAAUAAUAAACAGCCUUUACUUUUUUAAGUAAAAUUUGUUUUAUUUGCAGAAUACAUUUGUAUGGUAGACUGUUAAAGAAAAUUUUGUUACUAUUUAUCCACAUUAUAGUGGUUACAUCUGCUGUUUGUCUUUAAAAUAGAAAACUCAAAAGAAAAUAAGCCCAGCCUUGAAGAAGUGGCCCAAGUAAGGGCCAUGAAUUGGUCUCUCCUAAAAAUGCAACAGUUUUGCUGCUAAGUUAUUUUGUUUUUGUUUGCACUUUUUUGAUUGGCAUUUUAAAGUCAGUAUUUAAACUAAAGACAUUGUGUUUUAUUAGUUUAAUGAAGUUGAAGGUGACUGCUCUGUACAUCAUGACCUUAACAAUGUUGAUUCUGUAAGUGAAGUUCACUGUUGUCUCUAUGCUAAGUUCAUUGAUGUUUUUAACUUGAAAUUAGGACUGCAGAAGAUUCCCCACCAGCCUUAGUCCAAGGGGUGUGGCUCUCUCGGGCAUAGUAUGCAGUCAUGUGGAAUUGCUUUCUAGUGCUGGAAAAAAAAAAAAGAUGUCUCUAAUUACUGGCUUCAAUAAACAUGAAUCCAGACUGCUUACAAA